GGGAGGAGGGCGCCGAGGCAGCAGAGAGGACGAAAGGCGAAUCACCUCUGGCCGGUUCGAUCCAAUCGCCGAUAUCGAGCAGGGCUGCUGGGGGGGACCUGCCUCUCCGUGCAUGAGGACGACACAGCUUCUUCCACUGGGAGGAUUUUUAUUUAUUUUUUUUUAAUUUCUUAUUUUUUGUAGUCCGAGGAGCACGUUAGACUGAAGAGAUCCACACAGCGAGCUGAUCUGGAGACUGUCGGCGCGGCAAAAACAACAAUAAUAAUAAUAAAGGGGGCGGACAGGAGCUAUUUCACAGCCUCUACAUUAAAAAAAACUCCUCGGAAUACAAAUCCAGGUGGUGGGUGGAGAAAAAAACAGCCCAGUGCUGGAUCCCAGAGGGACUGUCAGUGUGGUAAGGACCCUUGAGACGAAGGAGGGUGCAUGGAGGGUUCAAGGCCUGUAAAACCAGGGUCACCCGCCUGCCUCUGGUUGGGGCUGGUCUCUGUUGCUGUAGCCUUCCUUUGUACAGAGGCCCGGACCACUCCAAGCCCUCUGCUCACCCCCAGCAAUGCCACCUGCAAGGGGAACUCAAAGUGUCACACAGGGAUCAUCCUGCCCAUCUGGUAUCCCGAGGAUCCCUCCAUGGGAGACAAGAUCGCACGGGUCAUUGUCUAUUUCGUGGCACUGAUCUACAUGUUUCUCGGAGUGUCCAUCAUCGCUGACCGCUUCAUGGCAGCCAUUGAGGUCAUCACCUCCCAGGAGAGGGAGAUUGUCAUCAAAAGGCCCAAUGGGGAAACAACCACCACCACGAUCCGGGUGUGGAAUGAAACGGUCUCCAACCUCACCCUCAUGGCCUUGGGCUCGUCUGCCCCCGAGAUCCUGCUUUCUGUGAUUGAGGUUUGUGGACAUGAGUUCAAAUCUGGCGAGCUCGGGCCCUCCACAAUCGUAGGCAGCGCAGCCUUCAACAUGUUUGUCAUCAUUGGCCUUUGCGUGUCCGUGAUUCCCCAAGGAGAGGUACGCAAAGUCAAGCACCUCAGAGUGUUCUUCGUCACUGCAGGCUGGAGUAUCUUUGCUUACAUCUGGCUCUACAUGAUCCUGGCUGUGUUUUCUCCAAAUGUAGUCCAGGUCUGGGAGGGUCUAGUCACGCUGGCCUUCUUCCCCAUAUGCGUCCUCCUCGCCUGGGUGGCAGACAGACGACUGCUCUUCUACAAGUUCAUGCACAAGAAGUAUCGCACUGACAAACACAGGGGCGUCAUCAUCGAGACCGAGACAGAACGGUCCAAGGGGAUCGAGAUGGACGGAAAGAUGGUCAACUCCCACUUCAUGGACGGAGGCGCGGCCAGCAAUCUGAUCGGUCUGAUGGAGAGCAAAGAGGUGGACGAGUCCCGACGCGACAUGAUUCGCAUCUUGAAGGACCUGAAGCAGAAGCACCCAGAGAAGGAGUUGGAUCAGCUGGUUGAGAUGGCCAACUACUACGCCCUCUCGCACCAGCAAAAGAGCCGUGCCUUCUACCGCAUCCAAGCUACUCGCAUGAUGACAGGCGCCGGAAACAUCCUGAAGAAACACGUUGCAGAACAGGCGAAGAAGAGCGCCAGCGUCCAGGAGGUGCAUGUGGAGGAACCGGAAGAGUAUGUGUCUCGGAUUGCUUUUGAGCCUGCUGUCUACCAGUGCCUCGAGAACUGUGGAGCCGCUAUUUUGACCAUCACCAGAAAGGGCGGCGACAUAAACAAGACGAUCUACGUGGAUUAUAAGACGGAGGACGGUUCGGCCAAUGCUGGGGCCGACUACGAGUUCACAGAGGGUACGGUGGUGUUCAAACCGGGAGAGAUGAUCAAGGAAAUAAGCAUUGGCAUCAUAGAUGACGACAUCUUUGAAGAGGACGAGCACUUCUUCGUGCGCCUCAGUAAUCUGCGUGUCCUUGAAACUGAGGACGAAGUGCUGUCACCCAACAGUCUCCCAUACCCAAAGGCCAUGCUGGGAUUCCCCAGCGUGGCCACUGUGACCAUCCUGGACGAUGAUCAUUCGGGCAUCUUCACCUUCGAGAGCAACUCGGUGCACGUCAGCGAGAGCAUCGGCAUUAUGGAAAUGAAAGUGCUGAGGACUUCUGGAGCAAGGGGGACGGUCAUUGUGCCUUUUCGCACGGUGGAGGGACUCGCUAAAGGAGGCGGGGAGGACUUCGAAGACACCUACGGAGAGCUUGAGUUCAAAAACGACGAGACCUGCAAACUUAUUCACGUGAAAAUUAUUGACGAUGAGGAGUAUGAGAAAAACAAGAACUUCUUCCUGGAGCUGGCCGAGCCUCGCAUGGUAGACAUGAGUCUGCAGAAAGGUGCAGUACUGAGCCUGUUUCUCUCUUGCUUUGCCGAGGGAGAGACGGGAGAGGCUCUCGCCGAGCUGGUGCGGAGGGCGCACGAUCUGACGCUCGGCGGUCGCCUGCGAACGCUCCAGCUCAUUAUGUUUACGUUAUUGGGUCUGGCAGCGCCGUCUGAGUUUGUCGGAGCCGUGAUGAAGAGCGGUUACUACGCAGGUCUUCGUGAGUGA